UUUCGCCCUCGCUCUCGCAGCGGGAAGGGCCCCCGACUCCCGCGCGGGGUUGGGGCGGCAGCACCCGAGCGAGGGACCAGGCGCCGGGCGUAGGGGGGCCGGGGACGGGCGCAGCGCGCCGGGCGGGGCCGACCCGGGAAGCGGCUUUGUGCGUCAGCCUCACGCGCGGGGAAGGAAGCCGACUCGAGGCCCCGGGCGGCCCGCUGCGGGCGCCUAGGCACGUCCGCAGGCUCCGCCGGGAGGUGGCGGCCGCUGAGAGGCGGGAGAGCCGAGGGCGGGCCUGGGAGGCGGCCCGGAGGUGGGGCGCCGCCGGAGGCCGGCCCGCGCGGGCUUCAUCUGCGGACGCGCGGCCUGCGCCCGAGUGCUGGGACCGCGAGGCGCCGGGUGACGAUCGGCUAGAGCGGCUAUGGGCCGCCGCUGGGUCUUCCUGAUCGGCCUCGUGGGGGCCGUGUGGCUGCUCGGCUCGGGUCAUGGUGGGCAGCAGCCCCCUGUGACGGCGGCGCAGAGAUGCUUCUGCCAGGUUAGUGGUUACUUGGAUGAUUGUACCUGUGACGUUGAAACCAUCGAUAGAUUUAAUAACUACAGGCUUUUCCCGAGACUACAAAAACUUCUUGAAAGCGACUACUUUAGAUAUUACAAGGUAAACCUGAAGAGGCCGUGUCCUUUCUGGAAUGAUAUCAGCCAGUGUGGGCGAAGAGACUGUGCUGUCAGGCCUUGUCAGUCGGAUGAAGUUCCUGAUGGAAUUAAAUCUGCAAGCUACAAGUAUUCUGAGGUAGCCAAUAAUCUCAUUGAAGAAUGUGAACAAGCUGAACGACUUGGAGCUGUGGAUGAAUCUCUGAGUGAGGAAACGCAGAAGGCUGUUCUUCAGUGGACCAAGCAUGAUGAUUCCUCAGACAACUUCUGUGAAGCUGAUGACAUACAGUCUCCUGAUGCUGAAUAUGUAGAUUUGCUCCUUAAUCCCGAGCGCUACACGGGUUACAAGGGGCCAGAUGCUUGGAAGAUUUGGAACGUCAUCUAUGAAGAAAACUGUUUUAAGCCACAGACAAUUAAAAGACCUUUAAGUCCUUUGGCUUCUGGUCAAGGGAAAAGUGAAGAGAACACUUUUUACAGUUGGCUAGAAGGCCUCUGCGUAGAAAAAAGAGCAUUCUACAGACUUAUAUCUGGCCUGCAUGCAAGCAUUAAUGUGCAUUUGAGUGCACGAUAUCUUCUACAAGAAACUUGGUUGGAAAAGAAAUGGGGACACAACAUUACAGAAUUUCAGCAGCGAUUUGAUGGAAUUUUGACUGAAGGAGAGGGUCCACGAAGGCUUAAGAACUUGUAUUUUCUCUACUUAAUAGAAUUAAGGGCUUUAUCUAAAGUGGUACCGUUCUUUGAGCGCCCAGAUUUUCAACUCUUCACUGGAAAUAAAGUUCACGAUGCAGAAAAGAAAAUGCUGCUUUUGGAAAUACUUCAUGAAAUCAAGUCAUUUCCUUUGCAUUUUGAUGAGAAUUCCUUUUUUGCUGGGGAUAAGAAAGAAGCAAACAAACUGAAGGAGGACUUUCGACUGCAUUUUAGAAAUAUUUCAAGAAUCAUGGAUUGUGUUGGUUGUUUUAAAUGUCGACUAUGGGGAAAGCUUCAGAUUCAGGGUUUGGGUACUGCUCUGAAGAUUUUGUUUUCUGAGAAACUGAUAGCAAAUAUGCCAGAAAGCGGGCCCAGCUAUGAAUUCCAUCUAACCCGACAAGAAAUAGUAUCAUUAUUUAACGCAUUUGGAAGAAUUUCCACAAGUGUGAAAGAAUUAGAAAACUUCAGGAAUUUGUUACAAAAUAUUCAUUAAAGAAAACAGAAAACAAGUUGAAUUGUGCCUGUUUCUGAACUAUGAAGGCCAAAGAGUGGAAUUUCAUUCAAAGGCAUAAGAGCAAUGACAUUCUUAAGCCAAACAUUUUAUAUAAAGCUGCUUUUGUAAAAGGAGAAUUAUAUUGUUUUAAGUAAACAAUUUUUUUUUAAUUGUGUUAAGUUUAUGUAUAAUAUUGUGAGUAAAAGUAACGCUUUGAUGAUGUGGUACAAAUUUUAAAGUUUAAUAUUGAAUAAAAUCAGGACUAUCAAAUUCAUAUGUGUUAAAACUAAGUAAAUGUAAGUCUCUCAAGAAAUUUGUGUGAGAAGAUGUAAUAUAAAUAAAGCUAUGGUCAGUGUGUUGAGCAUUUAAUAGGAAAAUGCUAAGGGAGGCUCAUGAAUAAUCCAUAAUUAACAACCUAAAAGUUUUCAAUACAUUUACAGUUACCAGAUAUAGUAAACAAAAAUACAGAAUGCCCAGUGAAAUUUGAAUUUCAGAUAAACAAUAAUUUUUUAAUAUAAGUGUGUUGCAUGCAAUAUUUGGGACAUACUUAUACGUAAAAUUUCUUGUUUAAAAUUCAAAUUUAACUGGGAGUCCUGUGUUUUAUCUGGCAACCCAAAAGUACAUUGCUAUGAAAUAAGUCACUUUGAGAAUUAUAUUGCUGUUUAGAUUGGCUUGUUUUAGUGUGUAGAAAAUACAAUGACAACUCAAAGACAGGAGAUUUCGAAACAUUGUGAGAAGUUGAAUAGAUUUAUAUAUUUAUUCUCAUAAUACUUUACCUAAUGUUGGAUUUGGGAGAAAUUUGGGAAAACUUUUUAUUUUUAUAUAAUUUCAAAUUUAUAGAAAAGUUUCCAGGAUAGUACAAAAGAACUCUUUACCCAGAUUCACUAAUUGUUCAUACUUGCUUUAUCUUUCAUGCUUUUUCUCUCUAUACACAUGCAUACUAUUUUUCCUAAAUCAUUCGAAAGUCAGUUCCAGGCAUCAUGCCCUUUGAACCCUAAAUACUUUGGUGUGUAAUACUGGGUAAUUUUUUUAAAUGAUUUUUUCAGGGAAAAAAGGGUGUGGAACUCUAAUACUGUAAGCCUUAGAAUAAGGAAUCAUUUUGAGUUCUGGUGUAAAGUUCUUUUUGAGUUUGUUGUCCUUUUGAUGCUUGAUUUGUAUAGUCAUAGGGCAUAUAAUUUUUGGUUUUUGUACAUGAGGUUCAUUUCCUUCUUCUCCCUAAAAAUAAACUAAUUUUGGGAGGUUUUCAUUAGUGGCAGUUCUUUAAUGAUAAAAAUAUUUGAAGGCGUUUAAGAAUUUUGAUCACAUGGUAAUUGUGAAAGAAAAACUGUAAAAGAAACUAUACCUCAAAAUGAUGUGCCCUCUUUAUACUAGCAAGUUGUACCAUGUUGAGAUGUUACAUUAUUAAUAAAGCAGGGUUUAUUUAUAUAAUGGUUUAGAAAUAUCAUUUUAUACUGCUGUAUACUUUUCUGUGUCCCUAAUGCCUGGUGUACUGCUGAGUACACAGUAAGCACAUGGUGGGUAGCCAAUAAAUAUUUGUUGAAUGAAUGUAUGAAUAUGUAUUUGGUACAUCUUAAAUGAAAAACCACAGAGCUACGUUUAACAAUAUGUGUCAUAUUUUCUCUCUUCCCCCCUCAUUUGAAUGCGGCAGGAAAAGAAAGACAUUUACCUAUUAAUUAAGUCAAUAUUCUUGGAGACUCAGACUCUGACGUGAGCACCCUGUGCAAAGUUUAAAGGACAUUUGUAGUGCUCUGAACAUGUGGUGGAAGGGUUUAAAUGGCAAUUUUGUCUAUGUGCUUCUCUAACUCUCACGUCAUGCCCUCACCCUUUUUUUAAGUCAGUCUUUUUGAAAGAAUAUUCCUAUCAUCACUUUGUCACCUCCCACUUGCUCCUUAACCAAAAAUCUUCCUUUUGGCUCUGUAGUUCCUAACCAUUUCUUCUUUUGAAGUCAAAAAUUCCAAUUCUAAAUUCAUAGUUCAGUUCACAAGCCAUUUCUUAUUUCACUUUUUUUCUGCAUUUGAUGCUGUUUGGCAGCCCCUUCUUUAAAAAUCUCUCCCCCCCAGCCCCCCCGCCCCGGGUUCCUUAUAUUUCACUCCUGGGCUCCUGGAUGUGUCCUUUUUUAGCCUUUUCUCAUUUAUGCCUUAAAUGUUAUUCCUCACAUUUUAUUCUUGCUCUAAAUCACCACCACUUCUCACUCUUGGGUAAUUCCGAUUCAAUGAUGUCUAAGUCCUUACCAUUAGUCCAGACUUCUCAAUCCAUCUGUUUACCACAUGUCUUUACUGUUGUCCCACAGAUACCUGUGUGUCUUAAAAGAACCAUUCUCCCCCCAGCUCUAUUCUUAUGCCUGUGUUCCUUACUCUGGUUAAUUUCAGAACCAUCAUCAUCUAAAUUCUGUAGGCUCACUCCUCUGCGUCUUCCCCUAUCCGGUCAGUGUGUAAGCGCUGUGGAGUUGAUCUCCGUAUCUCUGAUGCAUUACUGUCUUUCCCUUUUCUUUGCUCUUAUCUAGAGUACUACACUCACCUGCCUGUCUCCUCUCGUGCACCCCACAAUGCUGCCACAGUGGUCUUUCUAGAAGCACUUGAACAAGGUCCUCCCAGUCCCGCCCCCAGCCCCUAUGCUUUGGUAAAACACUUAAUUCUUCAAAUGUGCCAAGGGUCAGGUCACCACAUCUUGGUGCAUGUGCUCCUAGCCAUCCUUCCCUACCUGGAAAAUUCCCAUUUCUCCUUGCAGGCCAGCAUAAAGCCCGCCUCUGUGAAAUCUCCCUUGCUCCACCCAAGGAGUAUCCUCUAAUCUCUUUAAUGUCACCACUGUUACUACAACCUACCUCUAUUGUGCCGCUUACUGUACUGUAUUUUCUUUUAAGCCUCCUUUACUAGAAUGUGAGCUCCUUAAGGGCAGGAAAAGGAACUUUAUCCACUGUUGCAUCUCCAUAGCAUAAUUUUUGGCAUUUGAACACUUAAUAAAUGUUGGUUGAAUAAA